ACGCUUCGAAACAGCAUUUACAUAUGAAAUCGUUUAACAUACUAACGACAUAAUUUGAGCAACGAAGGACGUCAGAAUAUUGAAAUUGUUUGUAACCUAUGAUAGGCUUCACGAAUAGUUUCAAACAAAAUUACAACCGCCUUGCUGGGUGAACAGAACCGACCGAUUGAACUCGCUCGAAUUAUCUCUUGAACGAGUCCGUUGACAUACAUUGUAUAUUCGUUAAAGAAUCUCAGUUUCCCCAUUAUAUGUACAUAUACAUAUGUAUCGUGCUUCUGUCAUCAAGCAUUAUAGCUUGGGUGUUUAUCUACGAGACUGUAAGCGUUUCAUAAAAUCAUUUGCCCCAGUGUUACGCGAAACGUCUGCCAACAUGUACCGAAACUUUAGCUAGCUGAUCAGCCCAGCGGAUAUUUCAAGAUUGUGCAAUCUCUUCCAGUACCACCAUCAAGAAGCUAAUUAACCUAACUAGAUUCGACUACAGAGGUUACGACCCGAUUGUACACAGUUUCUUUAAAAUAAUUAUCAACGUUUAAGAAAUCAUACUCGACAGCUGAUCUCGGCGAAGAGCAGAAAGGAUCGUGCUAGUGAAGAACAAUGUGCCUUUAAAGAUCAUCGUAACUUGUAACAAUCGAUCUCAUAGUCGAAGGUGAAGUGAAAUUAAAUAAACGAGAAACGAAGAUGAAGCUGCUACCGAUAGUUUGUCUCUGGGUGUUGGUGUCGAUGUGCGAUGGAUAUCGAAUAUUAGGCGUGUUCCCUUUCAAUGGAAAGAGUCACUUUGUGAUGUUCGAACACAUGAUGAAGAGUCUGGCGAAAAAAGGCCAUCAGGUAGACGUAAUAAGCACGUUUCCUCUCAAGAAACCGUUCCCGAAUUACACGGAUUUGGUCGUGCUUCCGGUAUCGUCGAUAAACAUGGUAAACAACAUGUCGUUCGAGUUAUUGAACGACGUAUUUAAAGCGUCGGCGACGUACUGUGUGUCGGUGAUAGCAGGAAAUUCUGUCUGUGACAAUUUGGGGCAUGAAAAAAUACAAAAACUCGUGCACGAUCCGCCCAAGGACCCACCAUACGACUUGCUCAUCUUGGAGAUAUUCGGUGCUCAUUGUUACGCGGCUAUCGGUCACAUAUUAAAAGUGCCCGUGGUGGGAGUGAGUUCUUCGGUUCUUUAUCCAUGGAGCAACGACAUGAUCGCCAAUCCAGAGAAUCUUGCCUUCGCGCCGAACAAUCUCCUCUCUUACUCCCAGCACAUGAGCUUCUCGCAGAGGACGUAUAAUCUUCUGCACACUUUGUACAACAAAUUUUACUUUAAUUACGCGACGCGAGAACAGAACGAGAUCAUGCGAAAGUACCUGGGCCCCGGAUUACCGGACAUCAGGGAACUGGAAAACAGCGUCGCGAUGAUCUUGACUAAUUCUCACAUGUCCAUGAACGGAAUAAAGGAUACGGCGCCGGCGCUUAUCGAAGUCGGAGGAUUACACGUUCAAGAGGAGGGAGUGGAACUGCCUGCUAGCCUAGAAAAAUGGAUGAACGAGAGCACCAGUGGAUUUAUGUACUUCUCGUUCGGAUCGAUGGUGAAAAUCGAAUCUUUCCCGGCCAAAUAUCUGGAAAUAUUCUACAACUCUCUGGGAAAGAUAGCACCUGUUCGAGUUUUAAUGAAAAUUCCAAAUCCGAGCGAGCUGCCGCCUGGCUUACCGAAAAACAUUCACAUUUUACCAUGGAUUCCCCAGGUCAAAGUUCUGAAGCAUCGAAACAUAAAAGCGUUCAUCACUCAUGGUGGUCUUAUGGGCACACAGGAAGCGAUUCACUACGGUGUACCCCUAAUUGGUAUACCGCUAUUUGCCGAUCAAUUUAUCAAUAUCGAUACCUACGUUCGUAACAACAUUGCAGUAGGAUUAGACAUCGAGACACUGACUCAGGAGGAAAUGGACAAAGCGCUGCACGCCAUUCUACACGAUCCCAAAUACAGGGAUACGGUGCGGAAGAUUUCUGCCAAGUUCUUAGAUCGACCUCUGAGCGCGACGGAUACUGCUGUUUAUUGGAUCGAAUACAUUAUUAGACACGGUGCAGAUGCGCUUAGAUCACCCGCGAUGGAUUUAACAUGGUGGCAAGUGCAGCUAUUGGACGUUUACGCGUUCCUUCUGGUUGUCGCGCUGCUUUCGGUUUAUCUUUUAAUAGUCGCGGUACGAUUCGUGUUGAAGUCAGCGAAUGGCAAUCAGAAAGUGUCAAACAAGAAAAAAGUUUCAUGAAAACUUUCUUGUUCCUAUCGUGUUCCUGGCAUGUUAAGAAAUCGUUUACGAUCUUCCAUGGACUACUGUAUUUAGUUAGAUUCAAUUUUAUUUAGAAUUCAAAUGGGGAUAGAGCUUGUAAGAAGCUAUUUGUAUAUAAGUAAUAUAGUCUAGAAUAAAUUAUGUCACUCUUGAAAAACAAAAUUAGACAAGCAUCUCCGAUAAGUUAAACGGGAACCGUCGAAUGCAACGCAAAAUAAUCAAUCUGCAAAGAAUUAGAAUCACACAGCGAAUCAUCUGGUCCAAUCUUCAAUAUAAAUUGAAGUAAAUACAACCCUAAUCAUAGUUCUUAUUAAUUUAAUUCGUAAUCUUGAGUAUAUUAUUAAUUUUUAAGUACUAUUCGUUGUUGACAUGUACAAACUUUUAACAUAUCGAAACGUCAACAUAGUUGUAAACAAUUUGC